AUGAGUGACCAAAGAGUAACCUACGCAGAACUGAAUCUAGUUAAGGACUCAAAGAGACAGCAAAUGAAACCAAAGGGCACCAAAGGCUCCAUUCUGGGACCCAAACAGGAGAUAACCUAUGCAGAAUUAAAUCUUCAAAAUGUUUCUAGGGAUCUUCAAGGGAAUGACAAGAAUGGCCACUGCAAAGCAACCGUGUCUCCUCCAGAGAAGCUCAUUGCUGGGAUCCUAGGGGUCGUCUGCCUUGUCCUGUUGUCCACUUUGGUAGUGAUAGCUGUUAUUCACUUUAAUAUAACACUGGUGCAGAAUAAUUCUUCUUCAGUCACAGAGAUCCAGAAAGUAAUACAAAAUCUUUCUUCAGCAUAUCAUUGUGGUCAUUGUCCACCAGAGUGGUUAAUGUAUUCCAACAAUUGCUACUACAUCAGUACUGAAAAAAAGACAUGGAAUGAGAGCUGGAUGGCCUGUGCUGCUAAGAACUCUAGCCUGCUCUAUGUAGAUGAUAAAGGAGAAAUGAAUUUUUUGAAUAUUUUCAAAACAUUUCUAUGGAUUGGACUCUCCUGCAGAAAUAAUAAUGAUUCUUGGCCAUGGACCAAUGGCUCAACUUUCUCUCCCAAAAUGUAA